AUGGCUACUAGGUACCACACUCGUGAGUGGGCGGCGAACAUGAGUCGGGGAGAGAUCACUUAUCGUGUCGCUGUUAUGGUCUCAUUCACAAAGACAACUAGGCGGUCCACCUGCAGCGAAGCCUGCCAAUCUCACAUUGACGAGGUAUAUAUUCAAGGUCUGUGUUGGCCUGCAGACCGCUCCAGACUUGACACAGACGGGACUGGACGGGAGUACUUGCGAGGAGCAUCCGCCCUUUCAUGA